CCCCCUCCCGGCCGGUCGCGGGCGGGCGGCUCAGUUGCCGGCGAGCCUCGGCCACGAUCACACCCACCAGGACUCCCGGUGCCGGGCGGAGCGGAGCCGACGCAGCCGCGGGCCGCGGUGGCAGCCAGGACGCGCGAACUCGAGAUCGCGACCCGCGAGGCGCAGCGGCGCAGCGCGGAGCCUCCGUGUGUGCGGAGCGCGUGUGUGCGUGUGCGACUGUGUACGUUUAUGGGACGAUCCGGCCUGAAAAAAAAACCGCCAAAAAAACUAUUUUUAAAAAAUAAACAAAGCACCUAUGUGAAAAGCUACGAAGCGGAAAGCGGACUGUUUAGGAAGACAGUGGAAGUGAUUGCAUUCGACACGGACUAUUCGUGCAAAGUGUACCACUGCCCCUCUUCUUGGGGUCGCUGAGCUGAGCCGGAGGCAACGGCGCAGCGAUAUUCGCCUGGCGCGCCCCCGCGUCCCGCCCUCUGCGCGGGACGACGACGUCUCGAGUUCCGGCCGCCGCAGUCUCUUUGCAGUGAAAAGCCCUUUGGGAAGUAAUCGGCAUCGAUUAGCGGGGCAACGCGAGGAGGAAGAGAAGAAGAAGAAGAAGGAGGAGGUCAAGGAACCAAGCGCGCACGGAUUUUACGCGUGGAAUUCGUCUCAUCGGGACGCUGUAGCAGAAUACCCAGAAACCUAGGUCCACCGGACCCUCGGGCGGGAUGGGCGCGCGCGCGCGGGGCUGCCCCCGCCUGGGCCCCCGCUGCCCCCCGCGCCGCCCGGACGUGAUGUGACCGCGGCCAUGCUGCGCAGCUGGAGCAACGACUCCACCCGGCGGCCCGUCGACUGGAAGCGGCGCCUCAGCCUGCGGGGGCCCAAGAAGAACCCAGACGAUGACGGUGGGGCGGCCGAGUCACGCGGGGGGCGGCGCUGCGCCAGCCUGCGCCACCACCUGCGCGGCUCUGCGCGCGGCGGGGGCGGGGGCGGCGGCGUGGUCGGCGGCGUCCUGGAGCUCCGCGAGUCGUCGGCGCUGCUGCGGCCAGGGGACCCCGCGCCAGGGUCGUCCCCCGCCAGCUCGUCGCCCUCGCACAGCCCGAGCCCCGCCUCGCCGCAGCUGCCGCACCAGCCCAGGAAGUCCAACUGGGAGGUGAUCGAGCACUUCAACACCUCGGCGGGCGCGGCCGGCGCGCCACCCGCCGCCCCGGGCGCCAUGCGCGCUAGAGCCUUGGCCGGCAACCGCAUGCUGGGGAGCUCCAUGGGCAGCCGCAACGCCAGCAUCCGCGAGGAGGACGAGGCCGACGACUCCUGGGGCGACGAGGCGUCACCCGGCAACGGCGCCCGGCUGGACGCCGAGGCGGCCGUCGGCGACCUCGACGGCGGCGACUGCGCGGCCGCGGCGCGCGGGGACGCGCGCGUCGUCUGCGACGCCGAGGCCGUGUACCUGAUGGGCGCCAAGCCCGGCAAGGGCCGCUCCAAGCCCAAGAGGCCGCUGGCCAGGCUGGGCUGGGCGCUGCAGCGCCGCUGCCACCGCCUCUGCCGCACGCACCGCUUUCGGAACCUGCAGGUGGAGAUGCUGUACCAGCGGUACUUCCUCCGCACCAACCAGGCGCACAUGACGCACCUGCUCGCGGUGCUGGUCGGGCUGUGUCUGCUCCUGGCGCUCUUCCACCUCGGCUCGGUGCACUACGCCGGCCAGCCCAGCUCCCUGCCCAUCCUACUGACGCACACCUCGUGCGUCGUCGUCUAUGUCGCGCUGAUGGUGCUGCUGGCGAGACCCGCCAUGAACGAGCUGUACCUUCUCGGGGUGUCGUACGCCGUGUGCGGCACCUUCCUCGUCCUGGAGCUCGUCUUCCUGGUGGCGGACGAGCACGCCGACCAGCAUCUGCCGCCGUCCGCGGCCAUGGGGCCCGCCCUCUUCUUCAUCUACGUCACGUACGCGCUGCUGCCGCUGCGCCUGCAGGAGGCCGUGUUCACGGGCGUGCUGCUCGCCCUGGCGCACGUCGUCACCCUCACGGCCAUGGCCGACGACCAGACGGGCGACUUCUGCAGCAAGCUCGUGUGCAACGUGGUACUGCUCGUGUCGGUCAACAUGGCUGGCGUGUUCACACACCACCCCAGCGAGCUCGCCAAGCGGCAGGCCUUCCUCGAGACCCGCCAGUGCAUCGAGGCCCGUCUCACCACCCAGCGGGAGAACCAGCAACAGGAGAGGCUGCUCCUGUCGGUGCUGCCGCGUCACGUGGCCAUGGAGAUGAAGGCGGACAUCGCAGGGAAGCCGCAGGACACCAUGUUUCACAAGAUCUACAUCCAGCGGCACGAGAACGUGAGCAUCCUAUUCGCGGACAUCUGCGGCUUCACCUCCCUCUCGGCCCAGUGCACAGCCGAGGAGCUGGUCCGACUGCUCAACGAGCUGUUCGCCAGGUUCGACCGCCUGGCGCAGGAGCACCACUGCCUGCGCAUCAAGCUCCUCGGCGACUGCUACUACUGCGUGUCCGGGCUGCCCGAGCCGCGGCCUGAUCACGCGCAGUGCGCCGUGGAGAUGGGGCUGGACAUGAUCGACGCCAUUGCGCUGGUCCGGGACGUAAUGGGCGUCAACGUCAACAUGCGCGUGGGCAUCCACACGGGGCGCGUGCACUGCGGCGUGCUCGGCCUCCGCAAGUGGCAGUUCGACGUCUGGUCCAACGACGUCACCCUGGCCAACCACAUGGAGAGCGGUGGCAUCCCUGGGCGGGUGCACAUCACCCGAGAUACGUUCGUGUUCCUGGAUGGUGACUACGCGGUGGAGCCGGGCAACGGCGCCGAACGCAACUCGUACCUGCGGGACCACAACAUCGAGACCUUGCUCAUCGUGCCGGAGAAGUCCAAACGGUCGCAGACGCAGCGGUCGAUUCGGAGGCCCGGCGGCCAUCUGGGUUUCUCCAACGGCAACGUGGCCAAAGAGCUCCGCGUCAUGGGGCACGGCAGCCAGCACGGCAAGCACUCCAAGCUGGGCUUCGGUGACAGCCUGGACGAGAAGGACCCGCAGGAAGAGGUAAACGACUACCUGAUGAGGGCCAUCGACGCGCGGAGCAUCGACCGGCUGAGAGCCGAGUGUCGGAACUUCCUCCUCACGUUCAAGAACGCAGACAUCGAGAAAAAGUACUCAAAGGAGAGAGACAGAAUGCUGUCAACGUAUUUUGUCUGCUCUGUCAUCAUCAUGGGCACCAUUUGCUCUCUACUGCUGAUUCUCAGAGUGAAGUCUUCUUUGCCAUUAGUGCUAACAACGAUUUGUUGGACCAUUGUUGGGGGGAUCACUUUUGUAGUAUUAUCUAUUAGGAGUAAGAACAACGUUUUAAAAGCGCCGGCAUUACUAAUCCACGGUGAUCGCAAGGUAGCGCAGUUUUUCGCAUGCAUCGUGAUUAUUUGCAGUUACGUCGCGGCACUCUCACCAGUGUUGUCUGCCAUUGACGUCAUUGUGGGCCUCAUUCCCUGCUGGGACACCUCCGAGCUGCCCUACAACGCCUCGGUGAGCGACCAUAUGGCCAGCAGCAACAGCUCAUCGCUCAACCGGACGGACUGCCUCGCGCAGGCCGCCUACGUCCAGGACCUAUUUCCAACCGACUACUUGGCGCUCAUGGUGCUGCUGGUACUCACGCUGUGCGCAGUUUAUCAAGUACUUCCCGCACUGCUCAAGAUGGUCCUCAUGGGGUUUCUCCUGGCCGGCUACUUCUUCAUCGUGCUCGUCGUAGAGCGAGACCUCUCCAUGCCAGAGAGCUCGGCCUGGUGGGUGUCGCUGCUAGCGCCGCGGCACCUGGUGCUGGUCGUGCUCAUCGGGAUGGUGGUGGUGCUCGUCAUCCACUCCCUGCACACUGAGGCCACCUACAGGCUCGACUUUCUCUGGAAGCUUCAGGCAACAGAGGAGAAGGAGGACAUGGAGCAUCUCGAAGCCUACAAUAGAAAACUACUGGCGAACAUUCUUCCCGUCCACGUGGCCGAGCACUUUUUAAACAGUGACAAAAAUUCUGAUGAGCUGUACCACGAGCAGUGCGACCUCGUGUGCAUCAUGUUCGCGUCCGUCGCAAACUUCUCCGAGUUCUACGUGGAGCUUGAAGCUAACAACGAGGGCGUGGAGUGCCUGCGGCUGCUCAACGAGAUUAUAGCCGACUUCGAUAAUCUGCUGGCAGAGGAAAAAUUUCAUUACAUCGAAAAGAUUAAAACUACCGGAGCGACGUACAUGGCUGCUGCAGGCCUCACGCCCAGCACGUGUGAUACCCAGGGUCUCAAACACGUCACGGCCAUGGCAGACUUCGCGCUGCGCAUCCGCGAGCAGCUGGAGUACGUGAACGAGCACUCGUUCAACAACUUCCGCAUAAGGAUUGGCAUCAACAUCGGCCCCGUGGUGGCCGGCGUCAUCGGCAGCCGAAAGCCCCAGUACGACAUCUGGGGGAACGCCGUCAACGUGGCCUCGAGGAUGGACUCGACGGGCGUCCUCGACAAGAUCCAGGUGACGCAGGAGCUGCACGACAUCCUCAAGGCCAAGGGCUACCCGCUCACCUGCCGCGGCAACAUCCACGUCAAGGGCAAGGGCGACAUGACGACGUACUUCUUGGACGGGCCGAGCGGCGAGGACGACGCCAAGUCGGACCACCACGCCCAACAAAACGGUGGCGUCGAGCGUCCCUAAGCACGGCACCACCGCCACCGUGGGCCCCCGGGCCCUGCGCCCACAACGGCUGUGACUGCACGGCCAAAUUAGGCCGAGACAUUCUUGAAAGGGCCGCGGCGCCCUGACGGUGCCUGUACUCUGAUCUGUGAUGGUUUUAAACUGGCCAUAUUAGUUGA